AUGUCCGGCGCAACCCCCCGCUUCUGGGCCACCCCCCUCAAAUACUGCCGCUGGGCCGCCCGCGAGCGCCCUUCCCUCUUCUGGUCCUGCGUCAUCGCCGGCUUCGGCCCUCUGCACCUCAUCGUCGUCCCUCCUGUCCGCCGCGCCCUGGGCGACUAUGACGCGCCUCAGAUCCCCAUGACUUACCCCGGUGCCAACUACGCCGAGGAAGAAGUUGACGGAAUACGGGGACGAGACGGAGUAAUGGGACGAGACGAAUGA